UGAGCGGGACGUUGCUGAAUCUUGCAUGAAGCCGUUCUCUAUAAGUUCCAAUCAAGAGGUUCUUGAUAUUCUCAUCCACUGAGAAAAAACAGAAAACCUGAUCCAAAACAGGGUUCAGAAGUAGCUCAAGAAAGGAACAGAGGCACUUGGAAGAGCAGGCCGGUGAGGAAGCACAAGUGAGCUCAACUCAACUUGGAUACAGGAGCACCCUUGUGUUUGGUCAAAUGCCCGAAAAGCUCAGACUCUUAACACAAAACUCUUCCUGCAUAAGAGAUUGAUUUGAGUCAUGGCUUCUCAUGUGAAGAGCAAUGGCGGGAUCUCUAUUGCCAGGGAGAGGACUGGUCAAUGGCUUCUUUCUCAAGAAAUUCCGACUGAUAUUGACGUCAAAGUAGGCAAAGCAAAUUUCUCUCUCCAUAAGUUCAUGCUAGUGGCUAAGAGCAACUACAUGAGGAAGAUGGUGAUGGAGUCGAAGGAAGCGGAACUGACCAGGAUCGAUCUGUCCAACAUCCCUGGAGGCCCAGAGAUAUUUGAGAAAGUGGCAAACUUCUGCUACAACGGCGACUUCGAGAUCACGGUGAAUAACGUUGCCGCUCUUCGUUGUGCUGCGGAGUACCUGGAAAUGACAGACCAGUAUUGUGACAACAACCUUGCGGGCCGUACUGAGGACUUCCUUGUUCAGGUGGCCUUCUCGAGCCUGUCUGGCAUGAUCCUCGUUUUGAAGUCAUGUGAAGAUCUUCUUCCCAAGGCAGAGGACCUCAAGAUUGUCCAAAGAUGUCUCGACGUGGCAAGUGCCAAGGUAUGUAAAGAGGCGAUUUUUCCGAGCCGUUCUCCAUCAAACUGGUGGACAGUCGAGCUAUCGGUGUUAAAUGUUUUGUUCUUUGGAAAGAUCAUUGCUGCAAUGCAACAAAGAGGUGCGAAGGCCCUUAUCCUGGCCAUGGCUAUCAUCACAUACGCAGAAAGAUCUCUCCCAGGUCUCGUACGAGACCAUUCUGGCGUCAGAACUAAGUCAUCAGAUAUCAACGACUCCCAUGGUCUAGAGCAGCAGCGCAAGUUACUUGAAUCUAUAGUUAUGCUUUUACCCCCAGAAAUAGCUGCUUUUCCCAUUAGAUUCAUUUGCUGCCUUCUCCGAGUUGCUAUCUUUCUUAAAGCCUCGACCAAUUGCAAGAAGGAGCUUGAGAAACGGCUCUCUUCGAUUUUAGAGCAUGUGACGGAGGACGAUCUUCUCAUUCUGUCGUUCAGUUACGAUGGCGAGCAGCUCUUUGAUCUGGAGAGUGUUAGGAGAAUUAUUUUGGCUUUUGUCGAGAAGGAAAAGAGUGUGGCUGUGUUCAAUGGCGUCUUCCAGGAGGUUUGUUCCGCACCGAUGGAGAGAGUUGCCAAGAUGGUCGAUGCAUAUUUAGGAGAAAUUGCGAUAUACAGUGAACUCAGCAUCUCGAAGUUCAAUGCGAUCGCGACCCUCUUGCCUAAGGCAGCUAGAAAGGUCGAUGACGAUCUGUACCGAGCAAUCGAUAUAUACUUCAAGGCCCAUCCAAACCUUGAUGAGAUAGAGCGAGAGAAAGCAUGCAGUGUGAUGGACCCGCUGAAACUGUCGCACGAAGCUCGGCUUCAUGCCUCGCAGAACAAGCGGUUACCCGUGCAGAUCGUUCUGCACGCACUCUACUAUGACCAGCUGAAGCUCAGGAGCCGAAUGGACAACGGCGACGUACCUGAUCCCAUGGCAACAAGGAGCCAAGUGCUGGCUGAUGUGUCAUUGGUCAGGGAAAACGAAACCUUAAGGUCCGAGCUAAUGACGAUGAAGAUGUACAUCUCUGAUAUGCAGAACCCGAAGAGCCGAGGAACGACGUCCUCCAAGGGAGGCGCCAAAAAGACUACCUUCUUCUCUUCAAUGACCAAGACACUCGGAAAGUUGAACCCAUUCCGCCAUGGGUCAAAAGACACUUCCAACAUCGACGACAUGGUGGAUAUUACGAAGCCAAGAAGGAGAAGGUUCUCCAUCUCUUGAUUUGUAGACGGCUUCUCUUCCGGUGCUUAUAUUGGUGUAGGUGUUCUGUUUCUGCUCCGAUACAGGACCUUCCUUUUUGUGCUCUGAUGGGGUCCUUUUUGUCUCGCAUUUUUCUUCAGUCUCCUGGAAUGCUGGGAGCUACUAUGGCGUUUGUUAGUGUGUAAAAAAUUGAAUUUGUUGAUUCUGUAGCGUGAGCAUUUUAUGUCAGCGAUAGAAAAAAAAAGGUGUGUGCCAUUAUCUUAAAAGUGAUUUAUUCACUUUAAUUUAGGCAUCUUGCAGUCUGGUCUGUAUCAUAUUCCCUGUAAUUUCUGAAGAAAACUCCUACAUAUUCAACCUUGCAA